UGGCCAUGGCCACGUUCACCCGCGAGGAAUUCUACCAGCAGCUGCUGAGCGGCUGCGUGCUGCCCACGGCUCAGCAGGGUUUUGAGCAGGUUUCGACACUCCUGUUCUUGUGCCUGGCAUGCCGUCUCCUUUGGAGGUUGGCUCUGCCAUCUUACGCCAAGCACCUCAGCACCGUGGCCGGCGGCUUCUACGCCCUCUACCACUUCUUCCAGCUGCAGAUGGUGUGGGUUGUCCUCCUGAGCCUCUUGUGCUACCUGGUGCUGUUCCUGUGCCGCCACUCGACCCAGAGGGGCGUCCUGCUCUCCAUCACGAUCCUGAUCUAUUUGCUCAUGGGGGAGAUGCACAUGGUAGACACAGUGACCUGGCAUAAGAUGAGAGGAGCCCAGAUGAUCGUGGCCAUGAAGGCGGUGUCGCUGGGCUUCGACCUGGACCGGGGCGAGGUGUCGUCUAUCCCUUCCCCGGUGGAAUUCAUGGGCUACAUCUACUUUGUGGGAACGGUCAUCUUUGGGCCCUGGUUCCGCUUCCGCACUUACCUGCAGGCUGUGGAGAGCCGGAGAAUGAGCUUCUCCUGGUUCCAGAAGGUCUGCCGGAGCGGCUUCCUGAGCCUGGUGUGCCUUAUCGUAUCUACUUGCGUGGCCCCCUAUCUCUUCUCUUACUUCAUACCCCUCUACAGCUACAAGCUGCUCAAAAGGUGGCUCCGGGCCUACGAAAGCGCCAGCUCCUUCCACUUCAGCAACUACUUCGUGGGCUUCCUGUCCGAAACGACGGCCACGUUGGCGGGGGCCGGCUUCACCGAGGAAAAGGACCACUUGAGAUGGGAUCUGACCGUAUCGCGGCCCCUGAAUGUGGAACUGCCCCGUUCUAUGGUGGAAGUGGUCACCAGCUGGAAUCUGCCCAUGUCCCGAUGGCUGAACUCCUAUGUCUUUAAGAACUCCCUGAAACUGGGCACCUUCUCGGCAAUCAUUGUGACCUACGCCGCCAGCGCCCUCUUACAUGGGCUGAGUUUCCACCUGGCUGCUGUGCUUUUAUCUCUUGGCUUCAUCACUUACAUUGAACACGUUCUUCGGAAGCGGCUGUCGGUCAUAUUCAACGCCUGCAUACUUUCCAAGAAGUGCCAGCCAGGGUGUUCACAUCGCCACAACACGGAUCUUUGGGUUCGCCUCCUCAACUUGCUCUUUGGGGCACUCGCAGUCUUUCACCUGGCCUACCUCGGGUCGUUAUUUGACAUGGACGCCGACGACUCUGUGGAAGAACAGGGCUACGGCAUGUCUUAUACUAUCUACAAGUGGUCCGAGCUGAGUUGGGUGAGCCACUGGGUGACCUUUGGGUGCUGGAUCUUCUACCGGCUCAUCAGCUGAACUGAGGCCUCCGUG